GCUCGAUUGUUACGUAGCUUAACAUUGCGAAAAUUGCUAAGUAAUUUAGUGAAGUUCUCGUAGACGCUGUUCAGAGGUGGAAAGGGAGAUUUUAUACCGGUAUUUCUACAAUAAUGCUACGUUGUGGAUGCCGCAGUUUGUCCCAGGGUCUUGCUUACUUACCUAAAACAAGAACAAGCCAAAGUUUUCUUGAUGUCAGUCGGGUGGCAGUUUUAAGUUCAAAAUAUAGAAGGAAUGAUUAUGCUACAGAUGUCAAGGCUUCUCAGUCAAAGUCAUUCGUCAUGGGUUUAUUUAAAGGUCAACUUGAUGUACAGCAGGUGUUUCCUUUUCCAGAAGUUCUAGACUCUGAACAAGAAAGCACAUUGAAAGCUUAUGUUGAUCCGGUGGCCAAGUUUUUUGAGGAGAGCAAUGACCCAUCAAAGAAUGAUGAGAUUGAAAAAGUCGCUGAUGACACUUUUGAAGGCCUUAGAGAGAUGGGUGCUUUUGGACUUCAGAUAUCCACAGAUUUGGGGGGCCUUGGUCUUACUAAUACACAGUAUGCCCGCCUGGUUGAGAUUGUUGGUUCACACGACCUGGCAGUAGGAAUUACCCUUGGAGCUCAUCAAUCUAUUGGAUUUAAGGGAAUUCUUCUCUAUGGAAACAAGGAGCAAAAAGAAAAGUACUUACCAUCACUUGCAACUGCAGAUAAAGUGGCUGCAUUUUGUUUAACUGAGCCAAGCAGUGGAUCAGAUGCAGGGUCAAUAACAACACACGCAGAGCUUAGUGAAGAUGGGAAGCAUUUCAUCCUCAAUGGAGGCAAAAUAUGGAUUAGUAAUGGGGGCUUAGCAGAAAUAUUCACUGUCUUUGCCAAGACGCCAUUAAAAGAUCCAAAGACAGGUGAAAUGAAAGACAAAGUGACUGCAUUUAUUGUAGAGAGAAGCUUUGGAGGAGUGUCAAGUGGUCCACCAGAGAAAAAAAUGGGUAUCAAGGCUUCUAAUACUGCUGAGGUUUACUUUGAUAAUGUCAAAGUACCAAUGGAAAAUGUAUUAGGAAAUGUCGGUGAUGGAUUUAAGGUUGCUAUGCACAUUCUUAACAAUGGAAGAUUUGGAAUGGCUGCUGCUUUGUCAGGCACAAUGAAGGGACUUAUCAUGAAAGCUGCUGAUCAUGCUGGGAGCAGAGUCCAAUUUGGAAGUAAACUGGAGAAGUUUGGAGUUAUCCAGGAGAAGCUUGCAAGGAUGGCCAUGUGCCAGUAUGUUACAGAGUCAAUGGCGUACAUGUUGAGUGCCAACAUGGAUCAAGGGGCAACUGACUUUCAGCUGGAGGCCGCCAUCAGUAAAAUUUUUGCAUCGGAAGCAGCAUGGUUCGUGGCAGAUGAGUGCAUUCAGAUUCUUGGGGGAAUGGGUUACAUGAAAGAUUGUGGAGCUGAACGCGUCAUGCGUGAUCUUAGAAUUUUCAGAAUAUUCGAAGGUACCAAUGACAUUUUGAGGUUGUUCGUCUCCUUAACUGGCCUUCAGGACGCUGGAAAAUACCUGCGGGAACUUCAGAAGUCCUUGACAAAUCCUGCAAAUGUUGGGCUGAUUUUAUCUGAAGGAAUGAAGAGAACAAGAAGGGCUGUUGGGUUGAAGUCAGGACCGUCUCUAACUGAACAUGUUCACGCGGAUCUGGCAACUUCCGCCAAGCUGUUGUCGGAAGCUUCCGGUGACUUUGCUGUGACCGCGGAGAAGUUGUUGAUUAAACAUGGCAAAAACAUCAGAGAUGAACAGUUCUUACUUAAGAGACUUGCCGAUGCUGCAAUCGAUAUUUAUGGCAUGGCAGCGGUGCUUUCCAGGGCUUCCCGAUCCCUUAACAAUAAAGCUCAAUCUGCGCAACACGAAGCUAUGAUAACAACGGUUUACUGCGAUGAGGCUUUUGACAGAAUAAGGCAAAAUCUGGGCUCCUUACACGACUCCAAUAGAGUCUCGAACGACACCAAGAUGUCGAGAAUAGCAAUGGACGUCAUCAAGAAUGUGAACACAGUUCCCAAUCAUCCCUUGGGGUUCUGAUAAUCCCACGGAUAAUUUAACUCGAAUAACGCGUGGUCGACCUUUGGAUGAUGAUCUUCCUCAGAACAGGCUGUAAUUAAGAACAAAAUGUCUAUGAAAAUGAUUUGCUAUGGCUGGGGAUGGACUCAGGAUGACGUCACGCAAAUCUACUGAUAACUGUUACACAUUUCUUUUGAUAACCGUGCAUCAGAACAGUGCUGUCAUGCGUCAUUUUUUAUGUAUAAGUAGCAAGUUGGAGUCUAUAGUUUCUGUAAACACUUAUGGACGUGUGUACUUAGCGUAGAAAUUUCAGUGCGUAACAUGUAGUUUAAUUCCCAGAGAGGUUUCUUUUUGAAAAAUUACAGUCAAAUCUAGAGAAAGACAUGAGUAAAGGUGAAAUAAUUUUAUUUUAGUGGUGACAGCAAACAGACUCGAGAAGCAAGAAGAAUGCAAGCCAAAGAAACCACGUCUCCUACCAUUUGUCGUAAGAUGAAGUAAAUAGUAUCUGGUCAAAAAGAGUAAUUUUAUGAAUGUAACGGCACACCUUUUUGACGUUAUUUAUCUGGCUGGUCCGUGUAGAACGCUGUAAUAAAGUAUGUGUCGAUUGGUAACGUAA